AUGAGUUGCCAGGAAUAUCAUCAACCAAGUUAUGAUCAAGCAAACUUAAUGUUGAUUGAACCAUGGGGAGGCACAAAUGGUUCAGAAUGGAAUUACAAACUCACAAAUCCCAUCAAAGAGAUAAUCAUAGCUCAUGAUGAUGAUGUUAUAAACUCCAUUAUUUUCAGAACAAUUGGUCAAGAAGGUACAAUUGAUUCACCAAAAUUUGGUGGCAAUGGGGGAUAUAAAAAAACUAAGGUUACUAUUGAAAAUGCCCCUGAAGAAUAUUUGACAGGUAUCAGAGGCAAACUAGGGUACUAUGCUGGCCAUUUGGUUGUAAAAUCUCUCUGUUUUUCGACUAAUUUGAAGUGUUAUGGACCGGUAGGUGGGAACGAGGUAGGAGGUACCUCGUUCUCACUCAUGUUAAAAGAAAAUGGCGCGAUUCUUGGAUUCCAUGGACGUUCUGGAGCGUUUCUUUAUGCUAUUGGUAUUUAUUUGAAGAAUGUCACACCACCUGAACCAAUAAAACUAUUAAAACAACCUAAAGUUGAAGAAAAUCCUGACGAGUUCCACAAUAAAAUGGACGUGAUGAAGAGUAUUCAACCGCGAUGCCCCGGACCUUGGGGAGGAUAUAGUGGAAAAGGUUGGGAUGAUGGUGUAUUUUGUACUAUCAAACAAGUACAUAUUUAUAUGAACACAAUAAUUUCAGCUAUAUCUGGAAUACAAAUCGAGUAUGAAAAGAAAGACAAAAUGUCAGUUUGGUCACAACUUCAUGGUGGUUUUGGUAUUGGAGCUGGAAAUCAUGAUAAUGUUGUUAAAAAGGUACGAAUAAACAUUAAUGAUGAAAACGAAUUCUUGAUUGGAAUCGAAGGAUAUUAUAGUCUAGUGAAGGAAAAUGGAGGCCAAGAUACAUUAAGACAAAUUGCAUUUUAUACAAAUAAAGGAAAAUAUGGACCUUAUGGAAGUGAAAUUGGAACUUAUUUUAGUUCUUCAACAGCUAGAGGAAAAAUUGUUGGUUUUCAUGGGAAAAGUGGUGUUUUCUUAAAUGCUAUUGGUGUUCACAUGGAAUAUUUCUAA